GCGUGGAUUCUACAAUGGCCUGCCAAAAGUGAACUGACCACCAAUUCCCUACUUAACCCACAGGUGGUGAAUGACGAUGGCCCCCCAUCGAAGAAGCUCUCUCCGUAUGUCCGGCCGUUCGUGGACGCCCUGCAAGAUGCUGGCCACCGGGUCUCCGUCGCCGUCCCCGCCGAAUCGCGAUCCUGGAUCGGGAAAGCUCACAUAAUCGGGGCCUCCCUCAAAGCGUCAUACGUGCAUCCGGACUCGUUUCGCGAGGACGGGACCUGGGAUUCCUCCGUUAACAACCAUGAAGUUUCUCAGAAUGCCUCAGAGGCCAAGGAGGACAACCAGCAGCAGCAGGCGCCCGUGAGGUCAAGAGACAAUGACUGGGUGGUUGUCAGCAACGGCACGCCCGCCAGCUGCACACAGCUUGGUAUCUAUAAUCUAUUUACAGACCGAGGCCCAAUUGACCUGGUGGUCUCCGGUCCCAACCACGGUCGCAACGCAUCGACAAUCUACAAUCUCUCGUCUGGCACAGUUGGCGGUGCCCUGGAAGCGGCCACGUGCGGGAAGCGGGGCAUCGCAUUGUCGUUCGGGAGCAAGGAGGAGCAAGACCCCGAAGUCAUCAAAGCGGCAUCGAGACUGUCUGUGCGUCUUAUCGAACAUUUGUACCGCAACUGGGAUGAGCGCGUGGAGCUCUACAACCUGAACGUACCCAUGCGGGCCGAUGUAGAGAGCCGACCCAUCCGCUAUACACGCGCUUUGCCCAACCGUUGGACGAAAGGAAGCUUAUACGCAGAGGUGACCCAUGACGAUGGUGAAGCCGAACACGCCGGUGAUGGUAAUAAUAAUAAUCUCAAUAAUGGAGCCGCCAAAGUCGCAUCCAAGUCGGGCCUCUUCUCGUGGUUUACGAAUGGUGCAACAGCGACCCAUGUCGAUCAGGGGUCGACCGGUCGAGAGCGGUACUUUCAAUGGUCGACGGAGUUGUCGGAUAUCAAGAGGAGUCUUGAGGCCAGUGAGGAGGGCACGGAUGCACACACCGUCCUGAGUGGGUGUACGAGGUAA